CCGGUGAUUGACGGUGACGUCACGGGGAGGCGGGGCCUGCGCCCAGGUGGACGCGGCGCAGGUGUAAGGCGGAGAAACGUGCGUCGUGAAAAGCGAGCGGCGCCGUUUCGGAGCCGCUACUCCGGCUCUCGUCACCCACGGGCAUGGCCCCCCGCUGCGUGGGGAACUGUCCGAUGCUCUUCAUCCUCGCCCUUGUGUUCGAUGCGGCCGGCCUGGUCGUGCUCCUCGUCGGGAUUUUCGGCAAUCUCAAGCAGUCCGGCCGCUUCUACGGAGACUUCCUAAUCUACACGGGUUCGGUCAUCAUCUUCCUCAGCCUGGUGUGGUGGAUCCUGUGGUACACGGGGAACGUCCAGCUGCACGGCGAGGAGCGGGCGCGUCCGCUGAACAUCAGCCUGAGGCUGUGGGCCGGGACGCUGUCCGCGCGGCUCAACAAGGGCAGCCUGAAGGCUCUGGAGGCGGGUGAGGACAGGGGGAGCGUGGGGAGGCGGAUGGAGGUCCACGCGGCGAAGCGCGACCCCGCGCCGCCGCGGAUCAGCUGGGAAAACGGCGGCGCGCGGGGCCGCGACAACAGAGCGUUCGACGGAGACGGAGGCAACGAUUGCGCGCGUCCGCUCGGUCACGACGUGCGGCUGGACGUGCUGAAGCGGCCAGACGCGUGUCUGCACGCGGCGGACGUCAAAGCGGAGAGACUCCUCUGACGGGAGAUGGACAUGGAAUUUCACCUCGCUGAGCUUUUUUUCUGCAACUUUGACCUUUUUUUAACCUCGAGUCACUACAGGGAAGUUCUCUGGUUCUACUCAGACGGAGGAAAUGUCUUUAAUUUUGUACAUAUCAAAUUUUAUUUUUCGAGUAUAGAUUUUAUGAGCGAUGUAAAUAAUUCUUUGUUUAAAAUAAACUUUUUGUACCCAU